AUGACCGACAACCCCGGGCCACCGGCUGCCAGUAGACAGCCAUCGUCCAAUUCAGAAUCCCACAAUCAAAUUCUGCACGCUCCCAUCCACGAACCCAAGCACGCCGCCGACAUAAGUGCUACAGAUUUUGGAGAAAAACUGAAAAAAUGGACAGCUCACGCCUUCGAGUCGUACGGUGAAUUCGUAGGCAGACACCCUGGCUACGUAUUAUCCUAUACCCUCCUGUUUACUGUCGCUAUGCUGCCUGGUUUUGUAUUUUUCCGAAUCAACCUGGACUUGUACAAGCUUUUCGUACCAUUAGAUGCUCCAGUCAGACGAGAAUUUGAGGGAUCACAGGUCUGUUUCUCUCAUUAUUCGCAAUAUUUUUGCUUUUUUAUCAAAUUCUGGUUUUGGGGCUAAAAUAUCUUGGUUUUGUCCAAAAAUAGACAGUAUAGUAAAGUAUUUCGUAAUAAAUAUUAUUUUAGAUAUUUAACGCCAUGCCACCUGGCAACUUGGACUUUACUCCCCCUGAAAAAAAUAUAUCGACCCGAUCUAUCGAGUUUGACGCUCUACAAGUUUGGAACGAUCCUCUUAACCCUGCCAUAAUCAGAACAGCCCGUGCUGCCAACAAAAAGAAACAGCAGAAGAAAAAGUGUAAGUUCAUACUAUACCUACUAUAAUAUAGACAUUAACAAAAAUAUAAUCGCAGAUAAAUAUUGUGAAAGUUUAAAAUAGGAUAUGUAAGCCAUUAUGGCACAAUUUGGCAUAAUAAAGAGGCUACAUUUUUUGUUUUAGCGGUAGAUGCACCUAUGCAUAACGACAUUUUGCGAUUCUAUGUUGUACACAAAGAUUACGAAAAUUUGUUGGAAAGUGACACUCUUCGGAAGCUGUACGACUACACGAACGAGAUGAUGACCGUACGAAUGGAGUACGACGGAAGAGAAUGGGGAUUGGAAGAUUUUUGCAAAAAAGCUCCAACUGAAACUGUAAGUUUCUUUAUUUUAUAUUAUAAAGGUUAAAAAUUGUUUUAUUUUAAAAUGGUAUAAUAUUACUAUGCAAUACUUUUAAAAUUAUGUCACAAUUCUCCUUUAUUUUUGAAUUGGAAAAAUCGUUAUAGAAGUGCAACAACCAUCUGAACGUGUGGCUGAAGCAUGCAGAGAAUCUGUUCAAAAGCGAAGGCUCCAGAUUCAACCCGAAUCUACAGUUAUCGUACCCAGUAAUGUACUUGUUCAACCGCCCAAAAGAUAUUGGAAAUGUAAGUCAUCUCAUCAUAACUAUAGCAUUAAAACUAGAAGCAAACACCCAUCAAAAUAAACGUAGAGAUAGUCAACAUUAAAGCAACGUAACUUAUACUUUGUUUCCAAACUGUGAUAACACAGGAUUUUGAUUACAGAUUAUCUACGGAGUCAACGUGACCGGUCAGAAGCACGAGAUUGUUGGUGCUCGAGUACUGACAAUCCAUUGGUUUGUCAUGUUUCCAAUCGUUGGCGACGCUAAGAGCGCCUACUUGGCUUACCGUGAUAAGUUAAACGAGUUCUGGCAGACUAAAACAGACGAAUCUAACAUCAAGUUCAUCCCUCACAAGUAAGCAAUCGCUGAAUAUGUGUGGUCCAUUAGACUUGCUUAUGAAAUCGUACCUCUUCUUUACAUUUCGUACCUUUUCAGCGACAAAGCCAUGGACGAUGAGUUGUUGUUGAUCAUCAAAACGGCCGUUCCUUUUGCCAUUCCAGCGACAAUUCAGAUGAUGGUCUUCGUGUACUUUACUAAUCUGUCGAAAGACAUCAGAAAGUAGGAUCCUAUAUACUAUAAUGUAUAAAAUUUGUGAAAAUAGCGUAAUAUUUGAAUAGAAAUAAUUAAAAUAAUCGUAAGAACAAUAUAAUUCUAGGUCAAAACCAAUGGAAGCCUUCUUUGGUGUGAUUUGUGUCGUCCUUGGCUUGGUAGCCACGUUUGGAAUGACGUUUUACUUCAAACUGCCAUUCAACCCCAUCUCCAGUACCAUGCCUUUCUUGAUUCUAGCCGUAGGUAAGAGCAAUUACUCUUUUUGUAAUUACUACAAUUUUUGGUAGUUUAUUUAAAAAUUUCGAAUGCCAAUUACUGUUAUAUUAAUAUUAAUAUUUUGAUGAUGUUGCAGGAGUUGAUGACGCUUUCUUGAUGUUGGGAGCGUGGCGAAUGACAGAUCCCCGACUAUCAGUAGAAAAACGUAUGGGUAUUACGAUGGGAGAUGCUGGAGCCUCGAUUACCGUCACUUCUCUCACCAACUUUGGUUGUUUUGGUUAGUAAUUUAGCACUUUCACCUUACUUUUGAAUUAUAAUAGCUCUUUAAUACCUAAUUAUUACAAAAGUCCAAUAUGUCAUAGUAUAACAACGUCGCGUUACAGCUCUUGGUUACUUCCUUUCCCCAACACCAGCUGUAGCUGACUUCUGUACAUUGACAGCUGUUGGUAUGCUCGUUGAUUACAUUUAUCAAAUCACAUUCUUCGCCGCCAUCAUGGUAUACGGUGGAAUGCGUGAGGACAGAGGUGGUAUAAAGACCUACUUCAACAAGAAAGACAUCAAGAUCAUCGCCACCAGAGUCAAGAACCAUGUCUUCUGUUGCUGCAAAACCGAGAUUCCUGAAGAAGAGCCACCUAGAGCAAGUAAGUCUAUUUAGAUCGUCUUCAAUUUCUUUUUAUAGUAACUCUAUAGAAAGUUAUCUAUAUUAUCAUCAAUAUUUAUUUUUACUUUCAGUACGUCAAGACUCACAAGAAAUCGAAACUUUGUUUCACGAACCCACCAUCAUGCACAGAAUGUUCAGAGAUUACUAUGCUCCGUUCAUUCUGAAGCCAUGGGUGAAGGCCAUCAGUUGGGUUGUGUUCUUCUUGUAUAUUUGCAUCAGUUUCUACGGCUGUGCCAAUAUGAAAGUUGACAUCAGUCCAAAAAAGUACAUCAGAGAUAACUCGCCAAUUCAGACGUUCGUGCAUUUGGCUGGUAAGUCACUACAUCCUUUAUAUAGCCAUUUCCAAGUAGCAACUCCCAACGAUUAUAAAAGUUAAAAAUUUGGCAUAGCUGACAGUUGUAACAUAUCCAUACCUAAUUUUACAUCUAUUUCAGACAAAUACAUCUGGGCAGACAACGUGAUGCCCCACAUCCAUAUCAUGAAGCCCCCAGAUCUCCGUAACGACUACGACAGAAACCGGUUGAACGAGCUGGUUUUUCGAUUGGAGAACACAGACUACUCGAUUGGCCGUGUAUCCACCAACUUCUGGCUCUGGGAAUACCAAAACUUCCUGAACGACUUCCCUGAGGUCGUGUUCUCUCGCGACUUCUACAAAAGAAAGUACCUCCGCCAGUUCUUCAGUCAGUUCGACUACGUUCAGUUCAGACAAAUGGUGAGAAUCAACGAUUCUGUGCCUGACGGUGACCCAUGUAUCUCGGCUUUUACCUUCCAAACGUCAUUCUAUGGGUAAGCUACUUUAUAUUAUUUUUUGAAUUUGUAGCAAGUAUUUCUUGACAAAAACUAAUAGUCAUGUUUAGGUUAGACUCAUGGGACAAAAGACAAGCAGAAUUGUUCCAUUGGCGAAGGAUAAUCGAUGAGUACGCCGAGUACGACGGAUUCUUAGCCAAUAUUUUCUCGCCAUUCUUGAUUGAUCAACGUAAAACCAUUGCUCCAGCAUCCAUGCAGUCCGUAGGAUCAGCCAUAGCUGUUAUGGCAUUGAUUUCCAUCUUCUUCUUACCUGAUAAAGUAAGUUUGACCAAGCAAACCCAAUUUUUCAUUACUUUUAAAAAAGUUUUGUCAGAUAUUAGUAAAGUUAAACUCGUAUUGUUUCAGCUUUCCGUGUUCAUCAUGUCGUUCUCUCUGAUAUCGAUCUCAACUGGAGUUUGUGGAUUCCUGUGUCUCUGGGGAUCGGAUUUGGACUCCGUCUCCAUGGGUUGUAUUAUCAUGGCCAUCGGAUUGGCCGUCGACUUCUCCAUUCACAUUUGUUAUCGCUACCACUUGUCCGAAGAGCCGACAGCAGACGGGAAGGUCAUCGACACCUUGUCCAUCGUCGGGUACCCCGUUCUUCAGGCUGGAGGCUCGACCUUAUGGGCGAUGACAACACUACCCUUCGUCCCGGCCUACUUGGUUCGGGUCUUCUUCCAGACCGUGGUGUUGGUAAACAUAUUCGGUCUUCUGCACGCGUUAUUGUGGCUGCCACAAUUCAUUUCGGCUAUUGACCCCAUCCAAAGAAUCCCCCGACGUCAUGCUCACGCAGACUGA